GGAAUCAACCGAAGUAAACAAAAAUCAUAACAAAGGAGCCAGACAUAAAUUGAGUUUUCUUUAAAUUUAGUCACUUAAUUAACGUGAAAUGAACAGCUCAUGGAUAGAAGAGACAACAGUCGAUAGCCUGGAACUCUAUGGUGAUGAGGAAAUCUUCAACCAAUUUGACGUAAUAUUAACGAGAGUUCCAGCGUCACAUAUCAAUGAACUUAAUACAGUUGGUGUUAUAUUCAUUUUUAAGAGGCAAGACAGCUACUUCAUUGAGUGGAAACCCAACGAAAAUGUCGAAAUUUCUGGUGCUGAAAUUGCUGAGGAAUCAACAGACGAAUGGAGUAUAAUUAAUCAGAUAACAUUCAAGCCAGCAGCAAAUCCCAUCAGCUUCUUAUCACCCAAGUUUAAAAACUUACGUGUUGCACUAUCAGACAUCAAACACUUCAAAGUUCAUGAUUCAGAACUUCAGCUCAUAAAUCGUGAAUCACAGCACAUUGUGACUUAUAUGUUUAAAAGAUCAACACCAGCUUCUUUUCUACGAACAUUAUCACUUUAUAGACUGCAGAAACAGAGCUUAAAUGAUAAGAAUCUUUAUGUUGUUAAGGACCCAGAAUUCGAGAAGCUUCAAAAAUCAUUCGCUGAGCUCAACAUAGAGGAAAUAAAGUCAUCAAAAGGCCCAAAUCGUCCAUUUUUAGUCCACGGCUAUGAAUUCCUCUCGCAAAUCGGUAAAAAUGUUUUAGGAACAACAACUCGCUCAAAUCGCUUUCAAGAUCGUCCAGGUGCUUUUAAGUUUGAAAUUGGAACCGAAACAGUGAGUAAUAGUAAAGAUUCAUCACCAGAAAUUGAUAAUCAAAAGAAUGAAGUGGAUAUGAGUGAAAAAGUCGAAGAAGUUAAGGAUGAUCGACUUCCAGCUAGAGAAAUUCGUAAACGUGACAGUCCAUUGACAUUAAAGCAAUGGAUGGAAUUCAGGACAGAAGAUGGACGAAUUUCAGAUCCAGAUAGGAUUAAGGAAGUGAUUUUUCGUGGUGGAAUUGAUCCAUCAUUAAGAGCUGAUGUUUGGAAGUAUUUGCUCAAUUAUGAUUUGUGGGAGCACACGACAGCAGAGCGCGAGGAACGACGAAAGAAUUUACAUGAUGAAUAUUAUCGAAUGAAGGCUCAAUGGUCAACAUUAUCGAAAUUACAGGAGAGAAAUUUUUCGGGAUAUCGUGACAGGAAGUGCCAAAUUGAAAAGGAUGUGAAACGAACGGACCGAAAUAUUGAAUUUUAUAAUGGCGAUGAGAACGAGAAUGUCAAUCGAUUACAAGACAUUCUAUUAACUUAUGUGAUGUAUAAUUUUGAUGUGGGAUACGUCCAAGGAAUGAGCGACUUGCUUAGUCCAAUUUUAUAUCUUCUUGACGACGAGGCUGCGUCUUUUUGGUGCUUUGUUGGAUUUAUGGAACGAGUUUUUAGGAAUUUUGAUGAGGAUCAAGCAGGCAUGAAAAAUCAAUUGGGUAAAAUGAGAACGUUGAUGGAGUUUGCGAAUCCAAGACUUUUUAGAUACUUCAAGACUCAUGAUUCGGAUAAUAUGUAUUUCUGUUUCCGUUGGCUUUUGGUCUGGUAUAAACGUGAAUUUACACAUGAAGAUAUUCUUGAAUUAUGGGAAGUAUUAUGGACAAAUCUACCGUGCAUUAAUUUCCACUUACUAAUUGGAAUUGCAAUUCUGGACAACGAAAUGACAACGUUUAUUGAGAAUGAAUAUGGAUUUACCGAAAUUCUUAAGCAUGUCAAUGACCUUAGCGAGAGAAUGAAUUUAAAGCAAGUCCUCGAAGCAGCUGAAUCAAUUUAUCAUCAAAUUAUCAAUUCUAAAAGACUCCCAGAUCGUGUACGAGUUAUUCUUGGUAUGGAUCCAGUAAAUGCCUAUGGAGACGAACCAGCGUCUGAGGAUGAAGAGGAAAUAAAAAUGAGAAAACAAAUGGAAUUAAAGGAAGAGGAUGAAGAUCAAAUGAGAUUUGAGAACUCUUGUGAUGCUGGAUUGGAGCAAAAUUAUUUUUAAGACAGACGCAAAAUGCGUGAAUGUUUAUCGUGAUUUGUCAAUGAUUCAAAAAUUAUUUUUUAUAUAUUUGCAAGUUUCACUUGUGUUAUUUUAUGUAUUUAUUGUAUAGUUGGGUGGUUUUUGUUGGGGUUUUGUAUGGAACUUCAAUUUAUAUUGGUGCUACUCAUGUCGAAACUGCUGAUUUAUAUCAUUUCCUUACAAAGUUUCGUAAUUUGUGUCAAUUUUCUAGUUAAUUUGCUGAAAUUUAGCACGAUUUCCAUUUUUUCUACAUCACAUUAGUGUGCCUAGAGACUACAAUUAGAUUAAAUGACAUGCCGACAUUAUUUUCGUUCAUUCUGAAUAAAACAUA